ACGUGCUAUGACAGCGUCAUUACUUCUCCAUUCCCGCUGGAUUGACCCGGUGAUGUUCCUCUACGACAACGGUUUAGAUGAAGUGAACAAAAAUAUGGAAGGAUUUGCGGGAGGCAAUUUUGCUGCAAACCAGUGCAGGAAUCUGAUGGCGCAUCCGGCAUCACUGGCCCCGAGCGCUACAUACACGUCGAGUGAGGUGCCAGCGUCUGGCAUGGGCGAACCUGUCAAACAGUGCAGUCCCUGUUCCGCCGCACAGAGUUCCACCAGCGCCUCUCUACCCUAUGGCUAUUUUGGCAGCAGCUACUAUCCGUGUAGGAUGUCACACCACAGCAACAUAAAGUCGUGCGCACAGCCUUCUUCAUAUGCAGAGAAGUACAUGGAGACAUCUGUCUCUGGGGAGGAAUUCACCUCUAGAGCCAAGGAAUUCGCUUUCUAUCAAGGUUAUACCACCGGUCCUUACCAACCUGUUCCCAGCUAUUUGGACAUGCCUGUUGUGCCCACCAUGAGCGGCCCCACAGAGCCCAGACACGAGUCUCUGUUGCCCAUGGAAAGUUACCAACCGUGGGCUAUCACCAACGGGUGGAACAGUCAAGUUUACUGUCCUAAGGAGCAGGCGCAGCCCAACCAUCUGUGGAAGUCGUCAAUUCAAGACGCAGUGACUCACGCGGGAGAAGGCAGCUCUAUUCGACGUGGAAGAAAGAAGCGUGUGCCAUACACGAAGGUACAGCUGAAGGAACUGGAGCGGGAGUAUGCCACUAAUAAAUUCAUUACGAAGGACAAGCGAAGACGGAUAUCCUCCCAGACCAACCUAACCGAACGACAAGUCACAAUCUGGUUUCAGAACAGGCGAGUAAAAGAGAAGAAAGUCGUCAACAAAUUCAAGACCGCCAGUUAGCUUUUACAAAAAUUAAGAAGAACAAAUGUAAAGCUGACUUGAAGAUUGUUCUAUUUGAAAAGCGAAGCAAAACAACACCUUAUGAUGAACCAUAAAACAGGCCACCACUUUAGUGGAUUGUUUCGAAUUGGAGUGGUACCCGUCAUGCUGGUUGCUGGCCGCCUUAGUUCUCGUGGGUCUGAAGCUAAAAUGGAAAAUGUUAGACCUCCAUCUUGAUGUUAAACAUUACUUCAGAGAAACGUCGUUCAUCCGCUUGACAUCUACUUGCCCCAAAGAGUCGGAGAUAUUACAAUUUUCUUUUAAAUGCAAAUCUCUAGAUGCGCUAUGCUUAGAAUGCACAGGAAGCCAAUAAGUAUAAAGUGUCUAUUUAAACAUACAAAAAAAUCUUUAUUUAAAGUGGCACAUGUCUCAAAGAAAUUGCAAGAAAUGUGUGGUUGAGAAUCAACAAUGCAUUCUACAUAAACGGUCGUUUAAAACUCACGUUUGAUGAAAGAAUCAAAUGCUGUCCUUUUCAGCGUUUCUAUAACUGUGUGAUAGUUUACCUGAUUUGCAAUUAUUGUCAUAAUCAGGUGCUGAUGCAGUGUCACUUAUAUUUCAAAAUAUCUAUUGGGAACCCAAGGUAUUGAGAUGUGCCCGUGUACCAUAGCUUUUCUAUAACAUUGGCUUUGUUGUAAAUAAAACCAAAGCUAUACGAGAAAAUUAUUAAAUAUUUGAAUUGCUCCAUUUAUGUGUGUCUACAAACAUAGUCAAUCUCCACACAAAUAAAAGCUGAAAUUGUGAAAUUGAAUGUGAAUUUUGAAGAAAAUGUUA